AUUCUGAGAUUUGAGUAGCUGAAUGGCAAUCGUCCCUGUGGUUUUGCAUUCAGUCAUCAUUGUGAAACCUCAGGGAGUGUUGCUUUUCUUUUAGUGCUCAUUGCUUGGAAAACAAUGGAUUUUAGGGUUUGAAAGGUGGGUUUUUUAGAUCGACUGACUUCGACUGUGUUGGGUCUUCAGAUGGUGAUUGCUGAUGCUGCGGAGGGGUAGAGCAAGUGGUGUGAAUUAGACACAUUGAGGAGAGAAUCUGGCAAAGGGUCUUGAGCUAUUUGCUCAGCAUGCUGGCUGUAAAUCUGUUAGCACUGAAGAUGUCAUUCUUUCUGGUGAGUUUUAGGCCCUUUAGUUCUCAGCAGACUCAGUCAGAACUAUUGUGUCUGUGAUUCCUUUGAUGUUAAUGAUACUUGCAUUAUAGGUUCAAAUAGCUGUCAUAUCUGUGUGGAUGUCCUAAAAUAUAUAAUCUUGCAAGUUUUAUUUCAGCACAUAGAAAUGAACAUUUAGCAGCCACAUUGAGGUCCUUCAGUGGAGCUGAAAGCGAAAGAACCACAAUCUGAGAGGAAAAGGAAGAAGGAAUCAAAGAAAGAUGACAAAGCUACGCAAGUUGGGCAUCUACAACUUACAUGCUCCAACUUGACGGGAGGGUAUUAGCUGCAUAUACAGCACAGCCAUCGCAGCAUAUCAAUUGCAGCAUAUCAAGGUCAUCCCUUGAUUCUAGGAAGCAAUUACAGAAAGCAAUUAAUUAGCAAUUACUUGUUUAUUCUAGCUGUUGCAUUAUACCGUUAGAAUAUUGUAUAUAUAUACUGUACAAAUUCAGCAAAUCAAAGAAAAAAAAAGGCAAUAUUUUUCUAUAGGAUAAGCCCACCAGCUCCAGCAACCUCCGGAUUGCCUUGUGCAGAACCAUUAGUGUUUAAUUUGUAGAAGCUAGCUGGAGGAGGCAGAGUCUAUCCCACGUUAAUAGUUUUAGACAACCUGUCAACAUUCCCUUUCGGAUUGUGUCUGAAAUACUCUUGAGCUUUCUCAAUGGUGAUUGCUUUGAUAUCCAGAACAGGAAGCUGUUGAUUAUUGUAAACAAGCUGGUUCCUAGAGAGCCAAAUAGACCAGAUAGUAAAGGACAAGGUACUUG